GCGUAUGAGAAUAUUCCAGGUCAAUCUAAGAUCACGUUCCUUCUACAAGCAAUCAGGAAUACUGCUGCUGCUGAGGAGGCUAGACAAAUGGCAGCUGUCCUUCUACGACGUCUUUUGUCUUCUGCUUUUGAAGAAGUUUAUCCAGCUCUUUCACCUGAUGAUCAGACCUCUAUCAAAAGUGGAUUGCUGUUGAUUAUUCAGUUGGAAACGCAGUCAAGUAUGAGGAAAAAAAUCUGUGAUAUCGUUGCUGAAUUGGCCAGGAACUUAAUAGAUGAAGAUGGCAAUAACCAGUGGCCAGAAGUUCUGAAAUUCUUAUUUGACUCUGUCAGCUCUCAGAACGUGGGACUGCGUGAGGCUGCUCUACAUAUUUUCUGGAAUUUUCCUGGGAUUUUUGGGAAUCAGCAGCAACACUAUUUGGAGGUCAUUAAGAGAAUGCUGGUUCAGUGUAUGCAAGAUCAAGAGCAUCCAUCAAUCAAGACUCUCUCUGCUAGAGCUGCAGCUGCAUUUGUGCUUGCUAAUGAGCACAAUCUUCCCCUUCUUAAACAUUUUGCAGACUUGCUACCUGGAAUCUUGCAGGCUGUGAAUGAUUCCUGCUACCAAAACGAUGAUUCUGUCCUGAAAUCCCUUGUAGAAAUUGCAGAUUCUGUUCCCAAGUAUUUACGACCACAUUUAGAACCUACCUUGCAACUAAGUCUGAAGUUGUGUGCAGAUGCCAGUCUCAGUAACAUGCAGCGUCAGUUGGCGCUUGAAGUAAUUGUGACCUUGUCAGAAACUGCUGCUGCUAUGCUGAGAAGGCAUACAAACAUUGUUGCACAAGCCAUUCCUCAGAUGUUAGCAAUGAUGGUUGACUUGGAAGAAGAUGAAGAUUGGGCAAAUGCAGAUGAGCUUGAUGAUGAUGAUUUUGACAGCAAUGCAGUUGCUGGUGAGAGUGCACUGGACAGGAUGGCAUGUGGCCUUGGAGGAAAACUUGUUUUACCUAUGAUUAAAGAACAUAUUAUGCAAAUGCUUCAGAAUCCUGAUUGGAAAUACAGGCAUGCUGGCUUGAUGGCACUCUCAGCCAUUGGAGAAGGUUGCCACCAACAGAUGGAGGGAAUUUUAAAUGAGAUAGUUAAUUUCGUUUUGCUAUUCCUUCAGGAUCCUCAUCCAAGAGUAAGAUAUGCUGCUUGUAAUGCUAUCGGACAAAUGGCAACUGACUUCGCACCUGGUUUUCAAAAGAAAUUUCAUGAGAAGGUGAUAGCAGCUCUUCUGCAAACCAUGGAGGAUCAAGGCAACCAGCGUGUUCAAGCCCAUGCAGCUGCAGCACUCAUAAACUUCACUGAAGAUUGUCCCAAGUCACUACUUAUCCCGUAUUUGGAUAAUCUAGUGAAGCACCUUCAUUCCACUAUGGUGAUAAAAUUACAAGAGUUGAUACAGAAAGGCACUAAGCUAGUUUUGGAGCAAGUUGUGACUUCAAUUGCAUCAGUUGCAGAUACAGCAGAGGAGAAGUUUGUCCCCUACUAUGACUUAUUUAUGCCCUCUUUAAAACACAUUGUUGAGAAUGCUGUUCAGAAGGAAUUAAGACUUUUACGAGGAAAGACUAUUGAAUGCAUCAGCCUAAUUGGUCUUGCUGUUGGUAAAGAAAAGUUUAUGCAGGAUGCAUCAGAUGUAAUGCAGCUGUUAUUGAAGACACAAACAGACUUCAGUGAUCUAGAAGAUGAUGAUCCACAGAUUUCUUACAUGAUCUCAGCAUGGGCCAGAAUGUGUAAAAUUCUUGGAAAGGAAUUUCAGCAGUACCUUCCUGUUGUCAUGGGACCUUUAAUGAAGACUGCAUCCAUUAAACCUGAAGUAGCUCUUUUAGACACACAAGAUAUGGAGAAUAUGAGUGAUGAUGAUGGUUGGGAAUUUGUAAACCUAGGAGACCAGCAAAGUUUUGGAAUUAAAACUGCAGGCCUUGAAGAAAAAGCAACUGCAUGCCAGAUGCUGGUGUGCUAUGCAAAAGAGCUAAAAGAAGGCUUUGUGGAGUACACCGAACAAGUUGUAAAGCUGAUGGUUCCCUUGUUGAAGUUCUAUUUCCAUGAUGGUGUUCGAGUGGCAGCGGCAGAGUCGAUGCCCCUCCUUCUUGAAUGUGCUAGAGUUCGUGGGCCAGAGUACCUCACACAGAUGUGGCACUUCAUGUGUGAUGCGCUCAUCAAAGCCAUUGGGACGGAACCAGAUUCAGAUGUUCUCUCAGAAAUAAUGCAUUCUUUUGCAAAGUGCAUUGAGGUAAUGGGAGAUGGCUGCCUUAACAACGAACACUUUGAAGAACUUGGAGGAAUAUUGAAAGGAAAACUAGAAGAGCACUUUAAAAAUCAAGAAUUAAGACAGGUGAAAAGACAAGAUGAAGACUAUGAUGAACAAGUUGAAGAGUCAUUACAAGAUGAAGAUGACAGUGAUGUUUAUAUUUUGACUAAAGUAUCGGACAUUUUGCACUCAAUAUUCAGCAGUUAUAAGGAGAAGGUGCUGCCAUGGUUUGAAAGGCUACUUCCACUAAUUGUGAACCUAAUUUGUCCACAUAGGCCAUGGCCAGACAGGCAGUGGGGGCUAUGCAUUUUUGACGACAUUGUAGAGCACUGCAGCCCCUCCUCAUUCAAGUACGCUGAAUACUUCCUGCGGCCAAUGCUACAGUCAAUAUGUGACAACAGCCCAGAGGUUAGGCAAGCAGCUGCCUACGGUGUUGGAGUUAUGGCACAAUUUGGUGGAGACAGCUAUCGUCCUUUUUGCACAG